ACUUUUGGGAAUCCGCGUUUCGUUUACGUAACAAAGAGUUGCACAAGGACGACUUAGAAAUGCUGCAUUCUGAUGAUGAAUUACUUCAUGUUCGGGGUGUUAAAAAAAACAGCGUCUUAAACGAACUAAAAUUUUUCCAUACGUCAACAAAUCGUACCGCUGACAUCAUGCACUUAUUGCCUGAGGGAAUCUUACCUCUUGUAUCUGGGAAUAUUUUACAUGAAUUUAUUACUAUCCGGAAAGUUAUGUCACUGACUGAUUUAAAUAGAAAAAUUCGAUGGGUUUUUGCUUGCCUCAAAGUAGACAAAGGUAAUACGCCCCCUGAACUGAACAGCCUCAAGCCACCGGGGAAAGGGUUAUCACCUAAACUUACUGCUAAUGAAAUGCUUUGUCUUUUUAGGUAUUUACCUGUUAUCCUUGGGCCAUUUAUCCCUACGGGCGACAAGUUUUGGGCUUUGUUUGUUCAGUUGCAAAUGCUUGUAGACAUCGCAUAUGCUCCUAAACUUACAGACGUGAUAUUAGAUUACUUUGAAGAGUUUUAUGAAGAUCACAUGUUGUUGUAUAAAGAACUUUAUCCUGAAAUCGCGGUUAAACCCAAGCAGCACUUUUUGAUCCAUUUUAAAACAAUUGUUAAAGAAAAUGGACCUACCCGUAACCUUUCUUGUUUGAAAUAUGAACUACGAAACGGAUUUUUUAAACGUUUGAGCCAUGUCGUUUGUAAUUUCAAAAAUAUUAGCAAAACCUUGACCACUCGAAAUCAAUAUACAACCCUUGCUCACUCUAUUAUAGGAGAUAUCUUACGCGAUGAGAUUAUUUUCUCAGGUCAACAAAAAACAUGCGUUUUACAGUCAAUUGAAUCCUCAGAAAUCGUAGCCCAAAAACUUAACAUAUCAUUAACCACGACUGUUGACAUUGUAAAACACGUUGAUUAUUAUGGCGUAACUUAUUCAGUAGGAAAUAUAGUCGUUAUUAGUAAAGAAAAUUUUGAAUUAAAAUUUGGUGAAGUACAGUCUAUUAUUCGAGAAAAGAAGCAAUGCGUUAUAUUGGUCCAAAAAUUUGAAACUGUUGGUUUUAAUUCACACCUGCACGUAUUUAAGGUAAAAAGACCAACAACUACUGAACUUAUUUGCAUUGAUUUCACUGAACUUUUUGAUUACCAUCCUUUGGACCUCUAUUAUAGUAUAUCUGACGAUAAUUACUACGUCAGAUUGAAAUAUCACCUCUUUUAAAAACAACCGUAUGAAAAAUAAUUUAAAUCCAUUUUAUGACUCACAUUAAUUUUAAUAUACUCCAUUAAACACGUUUAGUUCAUUUUACUGUCGUAAGAGUCAAUAGCAAAAUUACUCCUUUCGAGUAAACGUUGCCAUAUAGAAAACAUUAUUUUAGAUAAAGCUCUUUUUUGGUGGGGGUUGG